CUGUAAUACUCCAAUGUCGUUUAUCGUUUUUAUGUUAGUGAUGUUGAAAUCUUAUGGACUUCGGCCGUUAAGCUUGAUCCGUAGUUUUAGUGAAGUUAGCCAAAUUAAACGAAAACAAAAUCGAAAUUUCAAUUUUUACAUGCCCAUACUUUCAGAAGACCAGAAGCGGUCUGUUGAAAAGAUAGUUUCUCUACAAAUAUCAGGUCGGUAUAUGAUCUGUACGACAAUACUUCGAAAGGACAAUAUCCUUCAUAGUUGGAAACUACUAUCUAUGCCAGAAGAUAUGAAUAAAUUUCAUUUAGACGACGUCUAUAAUUGUGUAGCUACUCUCAUGAAAGACUUACCAGAAAGCGAUGUUUACUUAGUUGAAAACUACAUGAAAAUGCCCAACAAUGUGAAUGUUGCUGGAGCACAUUUAUUUUAUGUAAAACUGCAAAUACUUGCUAUGUUAAUUGCCCUUAUCAAUAACAAAAAUCAAAUUGAAAAUCCUUCAAUAGAAAAUAAAAAAACCACAAACAAAGUGAUACUGAUGAGAGCACGUGUGCACGCAAGAUUGUUUCGCAUUGUUGUUGGCACAGAAAUCAUAUCUUCACAAGAUAUAACUGCAUUGAUGUUGAAGGGCAACUUCCCUGAACAUGUGACACCUGUUGUUCCUACAAUUGAUGCUAUUUUGUCUUAUAGAUCGAUUCAAGAACCAAUACUAAGAGAACUCAUGUCCAAUGGUCUCAUGUUAGCCAUGGCUUUUGUUGAUCUUGUUUUAAAUUCAAAUCCAAAAAGUAUUCGAGCACUAAAUGAGGGCUCCAGAAGAAAACUAAAAUCUUAGACAGUUUGAUCAUCAAUUCAUUUGUGUGAAUUCCUUUCUCAACUAUUUGGCUCAUUGUAAUAAUUUGACCAACACAAGCCUCGCAUAUUACUGUUGAAAGGCGGUCACUAAGUGUUGUCUAUAGUUCACAGAUAAAUCUAACGACUGUCCCAUUGAUCCAAAUAUGUGAAUAGAACCCACAUCACCACAUAUACGGCAAAGUUUUCGAAUCCUAUCGUUGAAAGACAUCUAUAAAAUAAAUUAUUAUACUUAUACAAGUUAAAUAUUAAAAUU